CCCUUAGACUCAAGGUUCAACUCAAGGUUCGUUGAUAAAACAAGCAGCAUUUUACACUUCAAACUAAAGAGUAAACAGCAUGGCAGGGACCGUGAAGAAGCUUUGUGAUCUGUCCGCCAAACUUUUGUCAGGGGAGCUCCUGAAUUUUUCGUCUCUCAAAGGUAAAGUUGUGCUCAUUGAAAAUGUGGCGUCGCUUUGAGGCACAACGGUCAGGGAUUACACCCAGAUGAACGAGCUCCACAGCCGCUAUGCUGACCAGGGGCUGGUGAUUCUGGGCGCUCCCUGCAACCAGUUCGGACAUCAGGAGAACUGCAAGAAUGAUGAAAUCCUGCUGUCUCUGAAGUACGUCCGGCCGGGAAAUGGCUUCGAGCCCAAAUUUCAGCUUUUGGAGAAGAUGGAAGUGAACGGUGAGAACGCCCACCCUCUAUUUGUGUUCCUGAAGGGGAAGCUCCCUCAUCCCAGUGAUGACGCUGUGUCCCUGAUGGGUGAUCCCAAAUCGAUCCUCUGGAGUCCCGUGAGCAGGAAUGACAUCUCCUGGAACUUUGAGAAGUUUCUCAUCGGCCCGGACGGGGAACCGUUCAAGCGCUACAGCAGAAGGUUCCUCACCAGCGACAUCGAAGCAGAUAUCAAAGAGCUUCUCAAGAGGACCAAGUAAACCUGGAAGGCGGCCUCCUCGUGUUUGGCCACGCAAGAUAGACCGUCCAUUCCAUAUCUCAUGUAGCCAUUGCUUCUUAAAUAAGAUUGUUGUUUGAUAUAUGCCGACUGUGCAGACAUGAUUAAAGUGCGACUGUUUUUUCGACUGUUUACUUAAUGAAGAUGCUUCCUAAACCUUUCUGAGGGAAGUUUCUGAUGUAACUGUAAAUGUUUAUUAUAAUAGUUGUAUUUUAUCCAUGAACUGCACAGCUUGGGUUUUAUCUUUCAACUUUUAACUCAAAAUAAAAAAAUAAAAUAAAAA